CGCAUUGCGACGCCCAGAACGAGAACUAUUUACAAACAGUCGCCAUUUUCGAUCGGUUGGCGUGUGGAGUGGAAGAGCUCGCGAGAUUUUAAAUUUAUCUGGCUGUGGCCGCGCAUGUAUUGAAGCGCAAUGAAGUUUCAGUACAAGGAGGAGCACCCGUUCGAGAAGAGGAGGGGUGAAGGCGACAAGAUUCGCAGGAAGUACCCAGACAGAGUCCCGGUGAUUGUGGAGAAGGCCCCCAAGGCCCGCAUUGAGGACCUGGACAAAAAGAAGUACCUGGUGCCCUCUGACUUGACGGUGGGCCAGUUCUACUUCCUCAUCCGCAAGAGGAUCCACCUGCGGCCCGAGGAUGCCCUGUUCUUUAUUGUCAACAACGUCAUUCCCCCGACAAGCGCCACCAUGGGAUCCCUCUACCAGGAACACCACGAAGAGGACUUCUUCCUAUACAUAGCCUACAGUGAUGAGGAUGUGUACGGUCUCUGAGACUUCCCAUGGACGGUUCUAUUUGUAACAAAAUUUUUUUAAUAUGUAUUAAAGGGAGGGGGUGGGGAAGAGGAUGUGGAAUGAAAAGGAACGUGCUGCUGAAUGCCUAAGUCAUGGAACAACGGCAUUUGAUGCUAUCUUUUUUGUUUUUCUUCUACAUGUUAGCAUUUUGGUUUCAUUGAAACUAAAUUAAAUGUGCAGGCGAGCUGGUUCAAUACUGACAUGGCAACCCAGGAACUUUGGAGCUUUGUGUUGUCCGUCCCGUUUUUUUCCCCGUUCCUGGGUUAGCAUGUCAGUAUUGGUUUCGUGCAGGCCCCAAAAAUGGCUCGUAGGCAUAACCUCUUUUUUAGUCUAGCGUAUUUGGAACAUGUUUUUCUUUUUUGUGUUCGUUUGUCUCUAAACAAAGUAAUUUUGUGUUCAGCCAUUUCUUUUUUUUUUUUUUUUUUGUGAUUACCUUUACUUUCAGUAAUGACAGGCUAUGUGAAUGGUGCAGCGUUAAACUGCUCACUCCAACAGCCGUUAUGUAUCAGCAUGUUGACGGUUUGGGUGGCAGCAACUUGCAGAAGGGCGACAUGUCUGCUUCACUGCGAGACAAUUUCUCGUUUGACAAACGUGCCGCCAACUCGCGGCAGAGCCUUUCAGGGUUGCCGGCAUGCAGUUGCUCCCACCCAAAGUCAUACCGACUUCCGAUGGAAGCAGCAAGUUCUUGCAUUGCUAACCGGACGCAGCUUACUCAGUUAUUGUCUUUACGCACCAGUCUCUGCCUCUCAGUUUGCUCGUGCAUAGCUCUUUUUGGUGUCUUUAUUGACGAGUUUAAAAGAGCUAGUUUUUAGCCGGCACUGUCCUGUGUCUGAACAGCUGUGGGGGGAGAACAGAGAGGGAAGUUCCGGUGUCACGCGUGCUGUUAUUUAUUUUGAGAGUCCCUGCACCUCUUGUCUUGUAAAUUGCAUGUAACAUACAAAAAAAAAAGUACAAUAAAAGUGUGGGGAUAAAAAUGAA